UCCCAUCGAAAGCGUCCUGUCACGGAAUAGUGGCCGGAAGCAGGACCCCGUCCAGAACGUGAACAACGCCGUUGCAGGCAACGAGGUCGGAAACCACGAUCUCCGGAAAGCUGACCAUGGCGGGUUCGUGGGGCUGCCGCUGGCCGCUGCCGUUCUCGUUUUGGCGGUCCCUCGACUCGUCGUCGUCGAAAGUGCGUGCGAUUGCGAAAUCGAGUGCGGGUGCGAUGUUGCCGCUUCCGACCUGGAACACCCUCUUUCGUGCCGACCGCUCCGGCGCUUUCCCUUCCGUUUCGGAUUCCGAUCCGUCCAGGACGCACAGCGUCUCGGUGUACUGGCGGCUGGCCAUUCGGAGGGAUCCACCGCAGGCCAGGGCCCUCCGGGGGAUCGCCACCGGGUCCUCCACGAAAUGGUGCCUCAGCAGGGUGUCGAUGCCCUCCCUGGUCUGCAGCAGAGCGGAAAGCACCGGCGGGGAAAAGCCGCUCUUCGGCGAUGCCGCGGCGUCGGCUUCCGCGCGUCCUCGCAGCGCUUCAAAGGCCUCGUCGCUCGGGGCAAAGACCGUUAGGAAGUUGCCCUUGUUUCCGUGGAUGCCGUCGUUUGUAGAAAGGUCGUGGCGGUUGCGAUUGCCGCCAGCGAGCAACUCUCCCAGCGUCCCUUCAGCUUGGGAAAGAUAGCCACAAAAGACCGUCGUGUUCUCGUUGGCACAGACCACUUCGACAAUGGAUUGGCAGGGCGGCCGUAACGAGACUUCGACUUCGACCGCGUUCUCUGUUUCUCCGAUUGUUGUUGUUGUGGUUGUUGUUGUUGAUGUUCCAAGGGCAUUGUCAUCUAAUCCCCCCGGCUGUUGCGAUCCCGAGGGAGUGUUGGCUCCCGGGAUCGCACUGCUGCCGGUACUUGUGAUUUGUGCGGUUUGAGUUUCCGUUUCCGUUUGCGUUUGUGCCACGUUGCUUGUUUCCCUUGCAGCAAGACGCACAAUGCUGAGCUGGUUCCAGUCAUCGCUGCCGAUGUAUCUUUCGCUCUCGGUUUGCGUGCACGCCACCGAGCUUGCCGCCAAAGCAACCAGAAAAAGAGUGAUGGCCGUGUUCUGUGGUGAUGCUAGUAUUGGUUCCAGCAGUCGGAGAAGCUUCAUGAUGCCGAUGUAUUUGGAUUUGUUGCUUUCGUUGUGCUGAUGUUCUUCGUGCACUUAAAAAGCAGCCUACCACACCAGCAGUCGGCAAUCGAUGCGCUUCUACUUGGGACAAGGAAAAUCCCACUUUUCGUCUGACAAGGAUUGGAUCUGUUAAUAAUAAAAUGAUAAAUGA